AUGUCUGCGCCGGCGUCCACCCGCGGCCAACAACGCGGCGGCAGCUCGACCAGAGGUGGACGAGGGACUUCGUCUCAAGCGACCCGAGGUCGCGGUAGCACUCGCGGAUCCACCACUUUAAGAGGACGAGGCAGAGGCAGAGGCGCAGGUGCGAAUGCUGGUGCUUCGAGUCCCGCUGGUGAAGGGCUCCUGCAGCGACUACGUGCGGGAACUGUCAAAAGAGCAGAAGACAAUGGAUCAUCUGGGCCGGGAAGAGGACGUGGUGCUGGUACUGGAAAUGCGGCGACCUUUACACCUGGUUCACGAGGACGUGGCCGCGGAUUUGCGAAUUUAUCGAAGACAUUCAACACUCGCAGCUCUCAAACGUCAACGCCCAGCUCUCGAGCGACUUCUCCGGCACCUGCCACGCAUCGAGACUUCAUGAACUUGGCCUAUAACAAAUUCCAAGCGCUAAAACAAAGCCGGGAAGAGGAAAGAGCGAAGGCGAUUCGCGAUGGGUUCCUGGCCGAUCCGGAGAAGAAGACCAGCCUGGAUAAAGCCAUCACCCCCGUCGGAACCUGCACGGAGAUGUGCCCAGAGUUCGAAAGAGUGGAACGCAUUGUCCAGAACAUGGUUGAUAAGGCAGAGAAGGUACGCAACGAAGAAACCGGCAAGGACAUGCCCGCAGAAGAUCGCAUGGUCAAACGAUUCCGUCGCUCUGCAGCUGGAUACGACGAACAGCUCCCUUCAGAUAUCCGAACCCCCGCGACUCUAAAACGGACUCUGGACUACCUCAUCGACAAGGUAAUUGGUGGUGGUGAACGAUUGGCAACUGUCCACAAGUUUGUCUGGGAUCGCACGCGAGGAAUCCGCAACGACUUCUCAAUCCAGCAAGUCACCAAUGUCCAGGACGUUAAGCUUGCUGUCGACUGUUUCGAACGCAUAGCGAGAUUCCAUAUCCUGUCGUUGCACCAGCUGUCAAACCCGGACAAUCUCCUAGAGGGAGAGAACUUUGACACCUACCAAGAGAGAGAACAGCUCAACAAUACCCUCUUAUCUCUCGUCUACUAUUACGAUGAUCAUCGAGGGCGCAUUAACUUCCCCAAUGAAGGAGAGUUUCGCGCUUAUCUCGUGAUUUUUGAAAUCCAGGCCCCUGAAAGACCGGAUUUGGAAGACCGCAUGCAAUCAUGGCCCAGGAGUCUCCUCAGAGACAAGAAAGUUCAGACGGCACUUAGGCUGUACAGGGCUGCAGGUAACUCCCUUCUCGGCCAAGGGCCUCUUCAGCCAUGGGAGCCCUUUGCGAUUGCCCAAGGCAAAACAGGAAGUUUUUGGAAUAUCUUGGCCUCAGAUUCGGUGCCCUACAUCAUGGCAUGCCUCGCUGAGAUAUAUUUUGCUGAGGUCCGUUUUGCGGCUCUGGAUGCGUUGUGGCGAUCAUGCAAGAAAGGCCCUCUGGCUCAACAAGCAAAGUCUAGAGAUUGGACACUCGGCGAAGUGACAAACUUUCUUGGAUUCGACUCCGACGACGAGACCAAAGACUUCUGCGCCGCUUUCGAUCUCUACUUCGCCACAGACGAUAGUGGUGAGGAGUAUCUGGAUGCUACAGCGAACAGUGCCCAGUCCCUCGAUCCGUCCUCGAUACCGCGACGCCAGGUUUUUUCGCACCAUUACGUGGAAAUGAAGCGCUACCACCGAGCACUGAACGCUGUCAUCAACGGGGCGACCGUCGCGGAAGCCAUUCGUCAGGGCUGGGUUGAGUCUGAAGAUGAAGACACACGCCUUGUAGAUGAUACCAGGGAAGACGACCAGAGCAUGUUCGUUCCGGAGACGAAACCGACAUCCACCUCUGAAGCGCCCUCGCUCCCUGGACCUCAGCUCAAUCCACAAGCUGCCCCUUUUGCACCAAAGUUCGGACAGAGCACUGCCUCGCUGAGCUUGACCAAGCCAACGUUCCCUACUGGAUUUAGCUCUUCUCGUUCCCUCAACGCUGCUGCUUCUGUCAAGUCAAAAGAGGAGUCUCCAUUUGGCAAGCCAUUGAAAACUGGUGGCUUUGGGGCCUUGGACGUGUUCAAAUCGACCGAUUCGACUGGAACCUUUGCAAAGUCGACUCUCCCUCCACAGCAGCAAACUUCGACUUUCGGCUUUGGUGGAUUCGCAGCAUCAGCAACACCGUCUGCCUCAACUUUCGGACAGCCUGCGCCAGCACAGAAAGAAAGCAAGCCCUUCAGCUUUGGCGGAUUCACCCCCAAGGCUCAGGAAGCAUCUUCUACUUCUCUAGGUCGCGAACUUUCCGGACCUCCUGCUGCUGGGUUCAGCUUUGGCAAACAGGUUUUUGCGCCUUCGACAUCUGCGACUCCUUUCCCGCCCAUCUCCAGCCAACCGCCUCCGCCACAACUAACAUUUCCUCCUACGCCGCAAGCGAGUCAAGCCCCAACCACGGCUCCAACGCCAGCCGCCUUUCAAGUGGCACCCCUUCUGCAACCAUAUCCUGCUUCCCCGGUUCCUGUGCAGAUGUCAGAAGGCAGCACUACCCCAUCGUUUCUUACAACGACCCAAAAACCUACGACUCAACCACAGCCCCCCGAGGCACCAUCAGACUUGGAGCAGCCCCCGCCAUCUACCACAUUUCCAGCAGUCUCAUCCAUAGAACCGACUCCAGGUCCCUUCUUCAAGCCGACUGCAACUAGCUCUUUCCAAUCGAAAUCACCAUCAACCGCUGAAAUCCUUCCAAAGCCUGCUUUGGAAAAGUUCAAUUUCGCUACCGCGACACCAUCCAUCAAGGCCCCCGGAAACCAGCACCCAAGCCAGCAACUCAAAGAAACAAUACUCAGGCCAAGCUCAGCCAUCACACAGCCUCCGCAGCGUAGCACAACUCCUCCAUAUUCUCCUCGUCAGCCUUCAGUCAAACCAGUCUCCACCCAAGCAGACCGAAACAAGCUUGCAGAACAGGUCGCCAGGAUUGCACUGACGCAACAGAGGGGGCUGCUUAACAGCUACCUAGAAUUCACACUUCGUGACCUUGUGACAACCGCCUUCAAUCAACAUCGACUGGAAGCGCGCGAUGCAGCUAUCGCAUCUGUUCGUGAACGUAUCCUUGCGCGAAAGUUUGGAUAUCUCUGGCGAACGCGCGCUUGGACUAGAAGCCUGAAUCGACGGGCGAAAACCAGACGCCAGCUCUUUGCAGAAACAAUCAGAGCCGAACAAGCAAGAAAACAAAGAACAGAGGAGGAACUGGAGGAGAUACUAAGGGCAACUCAGGAAACAAAACGUCUUCAAAGAGAGGUCCAAGAGGCUAGUAAGGCGGGAAAAUCCUCGUCUGCCGGACAAAACACCAUCGAAGUCGCCAAAGUUGCUGGACGAAAGCGCAAAAGCUUCUCUGGUGCGCAUAUAAGAGCGAAUGGGACACCCUUGACUCCUGGGCAUAAGAGGUCAAAAACGAUGAGUAUUUCCCCAGAGCCUUCGACUUCUACAACAGGCCAGAAACCUCCUGUCCCUGGCUUCAGGGCAUCCAUCUCGAGGCCGCUUCAACACGUCUCCAUCUUUUCGCGCACUUCAACACUCAGUCAAUCAGCAUCUGAGAAACUCGACACCACGCGUACGGAUUAUUUCAGGCUCAAAGCUAUGGGUGUCGACCCUGAGACGCCGAUCAUUCCCGAUACCAAGCAAUCGCUGGCAAUUCGACGACAAAAAGAAGCAGAAGAGAAACAGGCAAGUCUGAAAAGAGCAAGCCGCCGCAUCGGAACUUCUCUCUCGUCUGAGCAAAGCUCCCCAGCACCAAUGCCGCCGCCUUCGAUUUCUGAUUCUCGGCCGCUGGAUGCUAAACCAUUGGCGAAGAUUCCUGUUCCUCUAGUCGAAGAUGACUUCCUCAAACAGAUUAGACAAGCGCGUGAAGCAAUGGAAGAACAGAUCGAAUGGUUCAAACUGCAAUCUGUGUCACUGGAAAAGGAGAUCGAGCAAGAAGAAGAGUUCCGAAGAAGUCAAAGCGGUCGUGAUCACGGUAGUCCUAGCUCGACAGGCGGCAUGCUACGAGUCAACGGUUAUGAGUACCGGCCUGGGGAGAACAAGUCAGGGUCAACUCUGUCGCGCACCGAGAGACGUAUCCGAGAGACUGGUGCCCACGGGCUUGCCACGAAACCUCUGUGGUCGGGCUCGCAAUAUGUACCUGUUGCGAUGUCAAAGAGAAGUGCACGGAACUCCACCAAUGGGUCAAACAUUUCGAGCCCAGGGAGAAAACGAACACAUGAUGACGCAGAGCCCGUGUCUAACGUAAAACUGACGACGCGGAAUUCUGGCGCUCUGCCCGCUUCCAAACGCCCUCGAGCUGCGCCAUCCAAGUUCACAGACCCAAAGAUCAGACAUCCGAAGCCCAAACAUAUCGCCAGUACUCAAGGCAGCAAUUCUUUCAAGUUGCUCCAGUCACCGCCGCCUCAUGAUCAAGAGGAAUCCGAUGACGAUAUCGAAGGAGGCGACCAUGAUACGGAGGGGGUGUUCGAUGAAGAGGAGGAUCCAUCUGGACACGCUCCUUCGCAAUAUGCGCUCAAUGGCGCGUACGCAGACGAUGAAGAUGAAGAGGGGUUGGAGGAAGAAGCAGAAGAAAACGAAUACCAUUUCGGAGGAAGAUUUGAAGACGAAGAGCGCGAAGACGACGACGACGAUGACGACGACGAAGAAGAACAAGAAGAACAAGAACAAGAACAAGAAGCAGAAGGAGAGGAGAUGGGUAACAAUAACGACGGCGAAGAAGACGAAGAAGGCGAAGAAGACGAAGAAGACGAAGAAGACACAGAAUAUAGUCACCCAACAUAUCUGCAAGCGCGCCAGGACGAGUUUGACGACGCCGAGACACCCGUGACGAAUCCACAGCUGAGCCGCGCCGCCAGUAGCGCCCCUGGCGGCAGCGUAGACGACGCGCUGGUCCUAAGCGAUAGUGACUGA